AUGACGCCCUUUUUGGCCCCUCUUUCCCCCCUCCCCCCGGGGCCCCAGGAUAAGAACCCGGUGGGGUCGAAAAUCGCCGGCACGGGCCUUUUUCCCAAGGCCUCGUCCCACCGAAGUGGCGCCCGUUCUCCUCUUUUUUUUUUUUUGCCGUUUUCCGCGGCGUUGCGGGCCCUUUUCGCCCUUUUUUUCCCCUCUGGACCGCCCCUGUCGCCGGGGAUCCCGAAGGGGAAAAAAGAAAACCAGGUGCGGGAGAGCCCCGGCCCCGGGAAAAACGCGCACGAAGGGGAAGAAAAGGAGCGGGCGGGAAAAGAAGGAACAAAAAGGGGGCGUCCCCCGGUUUUUUUUUUUCUUUGUGGCGUGUGGGUUUUUUUAUUAUUUUCGUGUCUUCUUCCUCCUUUUGCCGCCGUUCGGGGAGGGGAAAGCCUUUGUGCUGCUUCAAUGGUUCUUCUCGGAUUCUCGAAGGGGGGUUGUUUCGCACCACUUGCCGUACUUUUCAUGGUAUUUCCCAUCUCACCCGCACGUGUAAAAUAG